AUGGAACCUUUACUUGUUAGGACAGCAUGCAUUGCUCUCCAGAGAUUGUCUGAAGAAGAUAGGAAAAAGUUGUUGUCUAGUAAUGGAAGCCGGGUUUUUAGUAUUUUAGAGAGUUUAGUUACUGGGUUUUGGCUUCCAGAAAACAUAUGGUAUGCUGCUGCUGACAAAGCCAUAGCUGCUAGAUAUGCAAUUCAUCCAACUCCGGAAACUAUAGCUUCCAAUCUAGUGAAGAAAUCUCUAAGUUCUGUUUUGAAUGUAGUGGAGGUGAGGAGUUGCAGAGUGAAAUCACCAGUGGUAGUGCUGGCAUACUUACCACAGUUCAGGUUGCAAAACUUAGUAGAUAUCUCUUUGUCAUAA